AUGGCAGCACCGUCGCCGCCUCGCGCUCCGCGGAGUUUCUUGACACUAGAAAGAAGUUGUUGAUGAAAGCAAAGGUGGACCCCGGCCGACCCUCGAUGCGUUUUUUUUUCACCCCACUCCCCCUACCCAUUCUCUCCCCCUACAUCACUCCCACAGUCCACUCUUCUUUUGUAAUUUUUUAUUUUGUUUCGCCCUCUCUUCUGGCCGCAUGCAAAUUCCUUGCGGUUGCCGACAGACGUUCCUCGGUACUUGGUGCGCGGCGCGGCGAGCAGGAACAGGAAGAGGAGGUGUGUCGUGUAUUCGGGGAGGGGUGGUCCUGCGGUAGGGUGGGGAUGGCAAGGGGAAGAGUGCCGGCGAGCGAGAGAGAAGAAAGACAAUAACGGCUUGUAAAGGGAGGGAAACGGGGUGGUGGGAGUGGUGGCUUUUUUUUUCCUUCCUACACCCGACCCGCGUGCAGUCAAGUUCAAGAGGCAAGCAAGUUUUUAGGAAGUUUUUUUCUCCGCGACCAAGCCCAAGGAGUAGAAGAGGGGGUGGGGAAUAGAAAGGUAGGGAGAGUCACAGAGGAACAGCGGAACGGGGAGGGGGAGAGGGUGAAGAGGAGAAGCAUUAGUGGAUGGCUUAGUUUUGUCUGGACAGUUAGUAUGUUGGGUAGGACGAAGGUGUGCUUCGAUAUUUCGGAGCCCCUUCCUUAAUUUAGUUUAGAAAAAAAAAAAUUUUUUGUGUGUAGUGUGUACUUCAAGCUGUAUUAUUUUAUUAAUUUGCGGUGGGUCUGUAAUAGUACUAUGUAAUUAUCAAAACUUUACUAUGGUGUUGUGAAUAUUCGUCUUCGUACUUUUUUUUUUUACUGGUGGCGGUGUUUUUACGAAAAAAAAUUUUGUCCUAACCCACGUUAUGUAAAUAGCACUUGCGAGGUACGGUCGUCACACACGGUGUUCCAAAUGUUAUGUUGCUUGACUUUCUGUGGACACAAGUGUAAAAUCAAGCACUGCUGCGCUUCGGCCCUGCGACGGAAGAACAAGUGGUCGUUGACCUCAGGAUAGCAGCGCGCGCCGGCCUUGCCGAAACGUCGAACCGAAAUCCCCUCCCCCUCUCCCCCCCGACCAUAUUUCCCUCUCGACAUCCCCGUUCGCUUCCACGAAGCUUAGCGGAGGGACCGCCGCGUGGUUCCACGAAAUCGCGGGACGCUGUGGUGUCGAACCCCUGGACUCUUCCGCGGGUGCGCGAAGGAAAGAAAAAAUAGUGCGUGCGCGAGUGUUUCCUCGCAUGAGCGGGAAGGGAUACGCCAGUUUUUUCGCCCUCGCAAGAAGGGCGCGUGACCGGCAGGUGAUAUGCCCAGCACUAUCAGAGCUCAGAUCGAGAUCAUCCCGUGCAAGGUGUGCGGCGACAAGAGCAGCGGCGUGCACUAUGGCGUGAUCACGUGCGAGGGCUGCAAGGGCUUCUUCCGGCGCUCGCAGAGCUCCGUCGUGAACUACCAGUGCCCGCGCAACAAGAACUGCGUGGUGGACCGCGUGAACCGCAACCGCUGCCAGUACUGCCGCCUGCAGAAAUGCCUGCGGCUCGGCAUGUCGCGGGACGCGGUGAAGUUCGGCCGCAUGUCCAAGAAGCAGCGCGAGAAGGUGGAGGACGAGGUGCGCUUCCACCGGGCGCAGAUGCGCGCGCAGACGGAGAUGGCCUGCGACAGCUCCGUGUUCGACACGCAAAUACCGUCUUCGUCUGACCAGCACCAGAGCAACUUCAACGGAGGCUACUCGUACAACAGCGACCUGGGGAGCUACACGUCCGCCUCGCACAGCGGCUACGCCUACGCGGGGACGCCAGUGGGAGCCGCGCACCAGGCCAUGGCGUACGACAUCAGCGCCGACUACGUGGACAGCACCACGGCGUACGACCCGCGGCCCGGCGCCGGGAUCGACGCGCCCGCCGCGGACAGCGCGCUCGUGGGCAGCGCGCCCGCCGCAGGUGGUGGCAAGCCCUCCCCCCUCGGCAUGCUGGGCCCCCAGCAGCAGGCGCUGCCCCGGGGCGCCGGCAUGGGGCAGCAACGGCUGGCCGCGGCGGGGGGAGGCGGUGGCGGGAUGGUGGCGGUCAAGCAGGAGAUGGUCACUGGGUCCGGUGGUUCUGUGGACAACUUGGUGGCGGGAUAUGUAGAUAGCACCACCUUCCUGUCGUCCCCGGGGCCCGGUGGCGCCCGGCAACACCCGCAGCUCCAGCCAGGCGACGAGGAGCCCACGGAGAGCUCCACUGUCCACCCUAAUCCUGCUCAGAUCUCGGAGUUGCUGAGCAAGACGAUCGCUGAUGCGCACGCCAGAACCUGCCUCUUCACACUGGACCACAUACACGAAAUGUCUCGGAAGCCUCAAGAUAUUUCCAAACUGUUCUAUUAUAAGAACAUGGCCCAUGAAGAGCUCUGGCUGGAAUGUGCUCAGAAGCUGACGAUGCUCAUCCAGCAGAUAAUAGAAUUCGCCAAGAUGGUGCCUGGCUUCAUGAAGCUCUCGCAAGAUGACCAGAUUGUUCUUCUCAAAGCAGGCAGUUUCGAACUGGCGAUCCUGCGCAUGAGCCGCUACUUCGACCUGGGCUCCAGCUGCGUGCUGUACGCGGACAUGAUGCUGCCCCAGGACGCCUUCUUCACCACGGAGCCGGCGGAGAUGAAGCUGGUGACCUGCGUGUUCGAGUUCGCCAGGCACGUGGCCGAGCUGAAGCUCACCGAAACCGAGCUGGCGCUCUACUCGGCGUACGUGCUCCUGUCCGCAGAUCGACCCGGCCUGAAGGGCCUGGCGGAGAUCAGCCGCCUGAGCCAAGCCGUGCUGAGGGCGCUGAGGCUGGAGAUCGACCGCAACCACGUGCUGCCUAUCAAAGGGGAUGUGACGGUGUGCGACUCCAUGCUCGCCAAGAUUCCCACCCUCAGGGAACUCAGCAUGCUGCACAUGGAUGCGCUGGCCAAGUUCAAGCGCUCCACGCCCCACCUGGAGUUCCCCGCGCUGCACAAGGAGCUCUUCUCCGUCGACAGCUGAGGGGAGCGGCACCCAGCCUCGGCGCAGCUUCUCGGCCAGGAGAGACGAAUACUUUAGGAAGGUAGUGCCUGAGAGCGGCUGGAAGUCGUGGCUCCCAGAGACACCUCGAUCUCCACAGCCAAGUACCUGGGACGUAGCUGAGUACCUGGGAUCGGCACCGCCGACGGUGGGUCGUCUCUGGUUGGGUACUUCGGCGGCGCGGCGGCAGCAGAGGAAAGCUGUGCGAUGGAGGAAGAGGGAGAGACCGAGUGUGGGGUCGGCAGUUCGCGACCGGGGCUCUCGUCGUUCGGGCCGGGGAGUCGACGAGUGAACGUAGCUCACGUGCAUUGUCAGAAGAGAUACCUGUGUGCAGACUUUCCCGUGUUUGUUUCGUUGACGAAGGUCCUUCCGAUGCAGACUCCACUCGCAACGCGCUGGCUUUUUUUUCUUCCUAAACUAUUUAAUUGCUGUGCAGUUCGGUGUCAUCGUAUGUAUCCAGAGAACCUAUACAAAAAAAAAAAUACAAAACUAGUGAUAUUUAGAAUUUUGUGAUUUUUAUUACGAAUUAUUUGUUUGUUAAAGAAAUUCUAUACAGCAGAAUUAUAUCUGUGUGUUAUUUAAUUAUCUGUAAUUGUAAAUUUUUGCAAGACUUAUGGUUUUUUUAAGGACUAGCAUAAAAAGCAUUGAAAGAAAAUAUAUAUAUAUAUAUAAAAGCAAAUCUGAAGUUGAAAAGGUUGCCAAGGUAAAGAGAAUAAUAUUGCCUUAUUAUGAUUAUUGUAAUAUAAAUGUGAGAAUGAAAUUUUAGAUUGUUCUGUUAAUCUGUUACAUAGAAGUGCACUGAGAGGUCUACACUUGCUAGUUCUACUGUGAUGGCUUCUAUUAGAUGUAAGAGAGAGAUAUAUAUAUACUAUAAAUUAUUAUUAAUAAUAUAACUAUUACUAUAGGAAGGCCAGGUUUUUGUCACUGCCACAAGUUAACAUUUCAGAAUCAAUCAAGACUUGCGGCCAUUUUCUUACUGUAGGCCAAUCAACUAAAGAUGGUCUUCAUUAUCGUUAAAUCAAGCACUUUCAUUCAAUGCAAAUUUAUGUGUAUGAAAUUUGUACCCUUUUUUUUAUGUAAAAAAGGAGCUUUAUAAAAUUUAUUUUACUUCUAAUAGUUUUGCAAGUUAAUUUUAAUCACAAAACUACAUCAUCACCGAUAUUUAGUGAUAUGUGACUGGUGUCAGUAAUGAGUGGUCUCCUCUGUGAUGAAAGUGUUUUCUUGUGGUAAUAAGUAACCGACUGCAGUUUGCGCAGGUAUUUUUGUUCUUUGUUUUUGUAUCAGUAUACUGUGAACACAGUCAUGUUCAAUUAUAGAUUUAGACAAACAAAAGCUGUAACAAGUACAUUUCAUUAAAACUGAGAAUUUUGUUUAAUAAAUUUUUAGUUACUGUUAACAUACAAUUUUUUUCUCACUUUUCAUUUGUUUCUUUAGUUUACUGUACAAUUUAUCUCUUGCAUUUUCAGAAACAAUUUUGGUUUUAUUAGAUAUAAAAAUUGUUUAAUUGCUGUAACCAUUAACUAACACCACUUGGGUUUCAUGGAAUUUAGCAUUAUUCAUCGUUUUGACUGUUCUGUUAUGUUUCGUUCAUGAAUUCGAUAUGGAAUUCUGUGUGCACAGACGUGAAAACCACUCUACACAUAAAAUAAAAUUGGUUACCACUCCAGGAAUCUAAAAGUAAAGUAAUGUUAAUUUUUUUUUCAUGAAGGAAAAUAAUUAGGCCAUGAUUAUUAAUCAAGCUAAUUCUCUGUUGCUAACUUCACACAGAUCCAUGUACUAGACUUCAGCUACAUGUAACAAAUUACGACAACUGUGUGCGUCACAUGUAGUUUAUUUGACAUGCAGCAGAGGCAUGCUAAAUACUUUCAUACACGUUGGGUACCUCAUGUCAAAAAAUUAUUUUCUACACUUGAAAACACGUUGCACGAACAGGCCUUACGUAUGUCAAUAUAUAGACAGCAGUGGACUGAGAAUUGCGCUGGUCACAAAGCUUCAGUUUAGGGCUUCGGGUGGGGUCGCGACGAGCUGUUACUGUAUUACUGUUGUUGCCAGGCGGAUUAAUUGAAGAAAUGUUAUUUUAGGAUAAGACAAAGUUGGUUUUUAUAUAAUGGUUGUUUGCGUAUAUUGCUACAGAGAAUCUAUUAUAACUAAUAUAUACGUAUAUAAAAAUGUUGACACUUAAUUGUUGUAUGUAAGUACUUUUCACACAGCUGUACAGACUGUUUAGAGUAAUGCAUAUGAAUUUAUGCUUAAAACUCAGAGAAAGAAAUUAUGUCAAAAGAAAGAUCACAACAUUCUUCUGUACCUAAUGUAAAAAAUGCUAAAAUAAAACCAUCAUUACAGUAAUACGAUGAGAGUAAAA